CUCUACACACAGGCGCGCGCUGUCCGUUUGAAUUGUGCGGGACGGUGAAUGAGCCGCUGACCGGCUCAAGCUCUUGGGGUACAUUUUUUAUUUUUUAUCUUUUUAGAUAACCUGAAAAAAAAACCCUUUACUUACUAAAGACAGGCGCGUACGGACUCCGGACGUUGUAGACUUAGGUGUUUUAAAACCCAUGUGGUUUGUCUAGUGUACAGCGAGCUUGUGAUAAUCAGUUAGAUAGAGGAAAAUGGCCUCGAACGAGCUGUCAGAGAAGCUUCACCGGCGGCUUAAGAUAGAGGAAGGCGAGGAGGAGCCGCAAGCCGUGGAUGGAACUCAUGAAAACGGCGCGCACGAGAAAGCGUCCACGGCCAACGCCGACUCCGAGCUGGGAGCCAAACUGCAGCGCCGUGGCGAACUGAACGAGGGAGUCGGCGAGCACCAACAGCCCAGCAUGAAAGUAUUCAACCCGUACACUGAGUUCAAGGAGUUCUCCAGGAAGCAGAUUAAGGACAUGGAGAAAAUGUUUAAACAAUAUGACUCUGAGAAGGAUAACUUCAUUGACCUGAUGGAACUGAAGCUAAUGAUGGAGAAGCUUGGUGCUCCACAGACUCACAUGGGACUCAAGAAUAUGAUCAAAGAGGUGGACGAAGACUUGGACGGCAAAUUGAACUUCAGAGAGUUCCUCCUGAUCUUCAGGAAGGCAGCAGCAGGGGAGCUGGCUGAGGACAGCGGAUUGAGUGUCCUAGCUCGUCUCUCUGAAAUUGACGUGUCCACUGAGGGUGUUAAAGGAGCAAAGUCUUUUUUUGAAGCCAAAGUCCAUGCUAUUAACGAGUCAAACCGUUUUGAGGCGGAGAUCCGUAACGAGCAGGAGGAAAAGAAACGACAGGCCGAGGAGAAGAAACAGAGACAAGCAGCAUUCAAAAAUCUUCAGUCAGCCUUCAAAUGACCAUCUUCCUGUCCUUUUACAGCCCUGCUUUAACCAUCCUCCUCUUCCUCAUCGCUCAUGUCUGUCUCCUGUUUAUCAGAGCACCAUAGCAGAGAUACUAUGCAACACUUUCAUAGGUUUCCAUUCCAGGAUCAUUUCUGUAGUGACAGCUAAUUGUGUCAGUUUGACUACUAAAAUCCUCACUAUUUCUCUCUCAUGAUUUUGAACUCACAGGACUUGUCUUUUUACACUGUACUGGAUGUGUCACUCACCUAGUUUGUUCUCCACUGAUAACAUUUUUAUUAAAUCCAACUCACUGUCACAUUGUUCUUUUGUCACAUAAGCAAGACACAGUUUCUGUUUGAAAGGGAAUUUUUUAUGCUUUUAGAAUUUUUGGAUUAUAUUAGUGCAUCCAGUCCAUUGUGAACCACAUUGUGUAUUCACCGUAACGCGAUGUGAAAAUAAAGACUAGAUAACAGGGUUAGCGCAGAAAACAUGAUGAAAAACAUCAACCUUGCCUAAAAGAGUUCUGUUUUUCCAUACUGUGGCUUAGAAACUAGUUUGAGAACAUGCUUGUGAUGUUGAUGUGUCCUGGUAGGUUGAGUUUUAAUUUCCUUCCUUUUUUGAAUGAUAACUGUGAUGCCCUGACAAUCUUCCCCUUAAAUGGAUCUCUAACAUCAGCUUCUGUUGCUUUGUCACACACUGUUUUCAUUGUUGUGACCAUUAGAUGCCCUUUAAUAGUCUUUAUGCCAUUAUUAUUUUUUUAUUAGAGUAUUAUUAGUACUAAUUUGUCUGAUUUGUGUUGAGGUCUUGUUUUUUUUUUAACUGAGAUGCUCAUAAGGGAGGGAUAAUAUGGAGUGCGGAGUUAAACAGAGUUAAACAUUCAUCUCCUCUUUUUAACUGCAUGCACUAACGCUUUAGUCUCAGGUGCCAGUGUGUGCACACUAUAGCAAGGGCACAGCUUUAAGUAUUAAAAAAGUUGCGAUCCUUCUUUUGAAAUGUAAUCUGGUGCAAGAAUGAAAAUCUAGUCGCUUACCUCUCAGCAAAGCGUUUUAGACUGUGUUCGAAUACUUGUUCUGUAACGUUGUGGAAAGUAGAGUAUAUUCCUGCAUGAUGCGUAACAUCAGACUGGCCAAUUUAUUUUUAAAAAGUUUCAUUUUACAAAUGUUUUACUAUGGAGAAAAAAGGCCAUGUUGUUGUAAAACUCGGGUGAGUCGCAGCACACUUCAGCAUAGCUAAAAUGAGAGAUGUAUAAAGAGUCAAAUUAUAUUUUUCGGAAAUAAAUGUAAACCGCAUUUAGUUUUGUAUGGUGACGGGCCUUUUUAAAACCGUUUAUUCCUUUGAAAUGUCCUUUCACUGUUCCUCACAGUUGAAGUGAUGUUCUGUGAUUUAAAUGUGAGAUUUUCUGCCUUUUUAUCCCCUUUUUUCUUUUUUUGAGACCGUGGUUUGCUAUGCAUCCCGUCAUAUAUUCAUGUUAAGGACGGUAUAUUUGGAGUCACUGGAAAUCUGUGAUGAUUUGUAUUGUGAAUAAGCCAAGAAUAGAUGCAUGAAUUAUUCAUAGCUUUAUGUCUUCAAAUGUAAUUGAAUGUUCUGCAGAUUAAAUGUUUGGUUUGAAUGAAUAACCUAAUGUGUGUGUGUGUGUGUAUGUGAUGUAUAUUUGCUUUUUGUACACCGAAACACUGGAGUACCUUAAGGACAUAAAAACUGAUUAUUUCUUCUCAAAGGAUCCUCCAUCAGUGUUGAUCUUGUGUGUGCACCAGAUAUGCCGUUGUAUACAAUGUUGUAUAAAUGUUAUACAAUUUCACUGUACAUAAAGACAAUUUGGAAGAGUCAUUGUAGAAAUGAGUGGAAGUGGAAAUGGGCUUCAAAAAACAUUCUAUAAAACAUCUGGAUAAAUAGCCAUGUUGUAAAUCUUCCAAUAUGUCAGGCAUGACAUUCAGUGUGUCAGAAGGUUGAUUGUGGUUAUAUUCAACAAAUCCCUUGACUAUUACAAUCCAGCUUGUAAUAUUUCAAACUUUAUGCUGACCACUAACCAGCAUGACACCGUCUCCAAUUAGCCAACUCUUAAAGUACAUCUCUGUUUAUUUUUACGCCUCAUUUACUUCAGUGUUUCCAUUGCAAAAGCAUUUAUUGGUAAGUUAGUGACUGGUGUUCGCUGUGCCAGUGUUUUCUAACUCCACCUUCUCUGCAGGAUCACUGGACUGUUCUUUGAUGUUUCAAACUUUUUGUGAUUCCACUGUAAAGACGUGCCAAAUGUUUUAGGUUCUGUUUGUUUAGCAUAUUUUUAUUAACUGUCCCCUAAGUUCAGUAAGUACUGUUGAAAGAUGUUGAAUGAGUAGUGAAUGUGGUGCAAUGAUUUUCAGUUACAGGAGUGUAAGCGGAAAUAAAAGACCCAUUACACUUCAUGUGUUACCCAAGGCUUGAUUUUAGAUUAAUUCGGAUGUUCCUGAUCCAAUCUUGGACUCCAUCAUUGUGGUUUUGGUUUCAUCAUUGUGGAAGCUUAUAUGUAUUAUGUGCCUGAUGGAUGUAGUUAUUUUUUGUAUAUUUCUUAUGGCAAUAAAAGAUUUAAAUUUUA